AUGCGGCAACAAGUGUCAACUCUCCUCCUCCAGCACAAACCCCAAAGGGUGAUUUCCGAAGCAGAAGAACGAGAACUUCUGAGAAUGCGGAAGAUGAGGGAUAUCGUCACCCUGCCCGCCAACAAGGGACGCUCGACGGUUGUCAUGGACAAGACCGAGUACACGGCGAAACAGGAAGGUCUGUUGGAGGACGAAGUUGCCUAUAAGCUUUCGGAGACUGGCGGGUUUAGGAGGUACUUGAACAGUGUAAACAAGGCGAUAGACAAGUUAAGGAAGGCAGGGACCCUCAAGAGGCAGGAAGCACUGACCGCAAAAGCCACCGAUGUCGCCAUGGCGCGCUUCCACGGUCGGCCAAAAGUGCAUAAACCGGGAGUACCUCUACGCCCCAUAGUCUCAUUACGCGGCAACCCGACCUUUGGACUGUCGAAAGGGCUUUACCAACGAUUCCGUUUCCUGACUAAGGAUUCUGAAUGGACGGUGAAAUCAGGUGAGCAGUUUUUGAGGAGUAUCAGGCAUCUAGAAAUAGAGCCAGACGAGAUGAUGGUGUCGUUUGAUGUGGUCUCCUUAUUCACCUCCAUUCCAACCGACCUGGCCCUCAGCACCAUUGACGAGCUUCUCCAGGAGAAGAACGAUGAAACUAAUCAACGGCUUAAACGAACGCACGUCUUCGAACUCCUGGAAUUGUGCCUUAGAACCUUCUUCAUUUUCAACAACCGGGUUUACGAACAAAAGAAGGGAACACCGAUGGGCUCCCCGCUGGCUGGACUGAUUGCCGAGGCUGUUCUGCAGAGGCUCGGGCGACUGGUCUUCCGUUCGUACUACCCAAAAUUCUGGGCCAGAUACGUCGACGACACAUUUGUCGUAAUCAAGAGGAACGACGUUCAGGACUUCAAAUUCUUGUUGAACUCAAUAUCCCCCGACGUCCAAUUUACAAUGGAAGAGGAGGACAACAACCAGUUGCCCUUCCUUGACGUAAACGUCACAAGGAUGGCUAAUGGGGGAUCAGAACUACGGUAUACCUAA